AUGAAUCUGUCAAACGUUGGUCUUCUUGAUUUACCUAAUGAAAUAUUAUUUAUCAUUUUAAAGAAACUUGAUAAUAUGGAUGUUCUCUAUUCAUUAUUGGAUGUUGGUAAUCAACGAUUGAAAAUGAUAGUACAAAAAAAAAUGUUUACUAAGACUCUCAAUCUUGUAGUAACAACAUCAUUUGAUGAUAUUUUGUCGAUUACUGAUUCAAUACUCGACCGAUUCUGCAUUAAUAUAUUGCCAAAAAUUAAUCUCAAUGUUAAAUCUCUUAUACUUGAAUCAGGAUCUAUGGAACGUAUUCUUCUUGCUGCCGAUUAUCCUAAUCUAGUUGAACUUAAACUCUUUAAUUUCAAUGAUAAAAUCGUUUUACAUUAUUUUAGAGGUGGAUCACCAUUUCGUCACAUUUUUCAACAACAAAUUACAGAUGUUAUUCUUGUAUACAAAAGCGAUACCGACGUUUUAUUAGAGACACAACGCCAUAAUGGUGUGCACGGAUAUAUUUUGAGAUUCUUCAAAAGUCUAAAAUAUUUGUCUAUUACUGGAUUACAUUCAGUUUUAUCACUUCAUAAUUCACCUUCGACUAUCUGUUCUUCUUCAAUUCUUUACAAAUUAUCUGUUUUUGUGAAUAAUUUUGGAGAUUGCCUUGUUCUACUUGAUGGUCGUCUCAAACAGCUAACGACGUUUAUUGUUAAUAUUGGCAACAUAGUUUAUAAUUCAUCAGUUGUUUACAAUAUGGAUGAUCUACCUAAUUUGAAAUGUUUCUCUUUAACGUGUCGUUGCUUUACUGAUGAAUAUGAUACUCAAAUUCUACCUCUUCUUCGUCGUAUGUCAAAUCUUGAAGAAUUAGCUUUGAGUAUUAUUAACGAGAAUCGAACUACAUUUGUCGAUGGUACUCAGAUUAAUAAUGAAAUUCUUGUUCAUAUGCCACGGCUUUAUAAAUUUGAUUUUAAUAUCAAUACCAGAACUGCACUGCAUCAUUUAGUUCAUUAUUUAUCGAGCAAUGAUAUUCAACAAAACGAUAUAAACACUAUGUUAAUGAGACAAUAUCCAAAAGGUGUACAUGGAUAUAUUUUAAAAUUCUUCGAAAAUCUAAAACAUUUGUCUAUUACUGGAUUAUAUUCACUUUUAUCACUUCGUAAUUUACCUUUAACAACCUGUUCAUCUUCAAUUCUUUAUAAAUUAUGUAUUAAUUUGAAUUGUUUUGAAGAUUGUCUUGCUUUACUUGAUGGUCGUCUCAAACAAUUGACUACGUUUAUUGUUAAUAUUGAUAGUACAGAUUAUCAUUCAUCAAUUGUUUACAAUAUAGAUAAUUUACCUAAUAUGAAAUGUUUUUCGUUAACAUGUCGUUGCCGUAAUAAUGAAUAUGAUAUUAAAAUUUUACCUCUUCUUCAUCGUAUGUCAAAUCUUGAGGAAUUAACUUUAAAUAUUAUUAAUGGAAAACGAAGUACAUUUGUAGAUGGUACUCAAAUUAAUAAUGAAAUUCUUGUUCAUAUGCCGCGCCUUUAUAAAUUUAUUUUUCAUAUUAAUACCGAAAUUAAACUAAAUGAUUUAGUUCAUUAUUUAUCGAAUGAUGAUAUUCAACGAACUUUCACUAAUAUAAGAUAUCAACAAGUGUGUUGUAUUGUAAACUACUUAACUACUGGUAGAGCCCUAUCUCAUAUUUUUUCAUUACCGUUCAUGUUUGAUUAUCUACGAAAUAUUGGUAAUACAUUUCCACCUAUUGUUUUUAAUCAUGUUGUAAGCUUGACAGUGUACGAUACAGUCCCAUUCGAACAUGAAUUUUUCAUUCGAAUUGCUCGUUCUUUUCCUAUUCUUAAAGAAUUGAGUGUUAUUAAUUUUCAAUCACAAUUACACAUAUCAAACGGUCUAAACUUUCACGAUAAUCAAUUGCAUUCAAUUGUUGAAUAUCCUCAUCUUAUUUCACUCAUUCUCACGGCUGUUCAUAUUAAUUAUGUUGAACAGUUCCUCAAUGAAACAAAUACGCAUCUAUCUCGUCUAACUAACUUAGCAAUCGAUUAUGAUCAAUUAACAAUUGUAACAGAAAACUUUACAAGAGAUAUAACACGAUUCAAUUGUGCUAAAGUUAAACAAUUAACUAUCGAAGAAUCACGAUCUCGGCACUUAAUCANAUUCUUCGAAAAUCUAAAACAUUUGUCUAUUACUGGAUUAUAUUCACUUUUAUCACUUCGUAAUUUACCUUUAACAACCUGUUCAUCUUCAAUUCUUUAUAAAUUAUGUAUUAAUUUGAAUACAUUUGAAGAUUGUCUUGCUUUACUUGAUGGUCGUCUCAAACAAUUGACUACGUUUAUUGUUAAUAUUGAUGGUACAGAUUAUCAUUCAUCAAUUGUUUACAAUAUGGAUAAUUUACCUAAUAUGAAAUGUUUUUCGUUAACAUGUCGUUGCCGUAAUAAUGAAUAUGAUAUUAAAAUCUUACCUCUUCUUCGUCGUAUGUCAAAUCUUGAAGAAUUAACUUUGAAUAUUAUUAACUCAAAACGGAAUACAUUUGUCGAUGGUACUCAAAUUAAUAAUGAAAUUCUUGUUCAUAUGCCGCGUCUUUAUAAAUUUAUUUUUCAUAUUAAUACCGAAAUUAAACUAAAUGAUUUAGUUCAUUAUUUAUCGAACGAUGAUAUUCAACGAACUUUCGCUAAUAUUGGAUAUGAACAAGUAUGUUGUAUUGUAAACUACUUAAAUAUUGAUAUCGCUAUAUGUCAUGUUUUUUCAUUACCGUUCGUGUUUGAUUAUCUCGAAUAUAUUGGCAACACGUUUCCACCUAUUGUUUUUAGUCAUGUUGUAAGCUUGACAGUGUACGAUACAGUCCCAUUCGAACAGGAAUUUUUCAUUCGAAUUGCUCGCUUUUUUCCUUUUCUUAAAGAAUUACGUGUCAUUAAUUUUGAAUCACAAUUACACAUAUCAAACGAACUGAAUUUUCGUGAUAAUAUAUUGCAUUCAAUUGUUCAAUAUCCUCAUCUUAUUUCACUCAUUCUCAUGACUGUUCAUAUUGAUUAUGUGGAGUAG